AUGCUUCCUCACGCGGCGGAGACCGAAAAGGAUCUGGACGUCGACAUAGGCGAGUAUGACAUGCUCUAUUUUGAACGAGAGCGCAUCGAAGAUACUUAG